ACCAGAGCUCAUUAAUGAAAGUUCUAGUGUGUGCUCCAUGCAGCUGCUCUCUAUGUGUGUGUAUGUUCUGGACGGACUGACGCUGAGCGCAGGCAGGCAGGCGGACUGCGAGCUCUCUCUGAGCUGGAAAGAAGCGCUAUACACGGUGAAAGUGAAAGGAGCUCCGUAAGUGUGGAAAGCACCGAACAGGCGGCCUCCCCCCCUCACACACACACACACACAAACAAACAAACAACACAGGGAGACGGGCCACGGGUGUAGCUUGAAGGCAGCAGCGGCGGCAGCAGCUCAGCAGACACAGCCAUGGCCAACAUUGCGGUCCAAAGGAUCAAACGGGAGUUCAAAGAAGUUCUCAAAAGCGAAGAGACGAGUAAAAACCAGAUUAAAGUAGAUUUGGUGGACGAGAACUUCACAGAGCUGAGGGGUGAGAUAGCAGGGCCUCCAGACACACCAUAUGAAGGUGGCAGAUAUCAGCUUGAAAUAAAAAUCCCAGAAACCUAUCCUUUUAACCCACCAAAGGUGCGCUUCAUCACUAAGAUCUGGCAUCCUAAUAUCAGUUCUGUGACAGGAGCAAUAUGCCUGGACAUUUUAAAAGACCAGUGGGCAGCUGCUAUGACCUUGAGGACAGUGCUGUUAUCUCUACAGGCUCUCCUCGCUGCAGCAGAACCAGACGAUCCACAGGAUGCAGUAGUAGCAAACCAGUAUAAGCAGAACCCAGAAAUGUUCAAACAGACUGCGAGGCUUUGGUCUCACGUCUACGCGGGCGCUCCUGUCUCCAGUCCCGACUAUACACGUAAAAUAGACAAACUCUGCGCCAUGGGCUUCGAUAAGAAUGCAGUAAUAGCGGCCUUGUCUUCAAAAUCCUGGGACGUGGAAACGGCGACAGAGCUGCUCCUAAGCAACUGAAGCCAGGUGUGAGGAUCCAAAAACCCUUCAUCACAGUGUCAGCUCCUCCACCACUGCCUUUUGUUACACAGAAAACAAACACCCCAUCCACCAUGGCAGUCUGAGCCUUCUUUUAUUACCAGUUUGUUUGCUACUAAGUCAACACCAGUAGCGCUGCAUUUGCCAAUAUGCACAGCACCCCGUUGCCUGCCGAGUCUUUACUCCCACCAACCCAAUGUGUGUAUUUCAGUAUUAAGCCCUCCCACCCUUAAAAAAAUAAAAAAUCCACCCAUGCAUCCAGUCUUCCAUGCCCUUUAAACACAUUAUUUUUUCCCCCACAAAUUUCCUUAAAGUUGUAAAGGAUCGAACAGCUGCUGUAAUCAGGUGGAUUUUCCAGGGUAAAAUGUAAGGAAAGGAAAGCCUGCUGACUGCUUCUACACUACAUUACCGUUUAAUUCCUUCGGCAGCCAGUUGGACCGUGUGUUUCUCUGCUACAGACUUUUAGUACUGUAAAGAAAAAAAAAAAGUCUUGCUGGAUUAAAUUUACUUGACUGGAUAGUGCUGUGCAUGAGCAGUGUAAUGUUUUUUUUUUUUCUCCUGAACAAUCUUUCAUUGAUGCCUCAAUCCACUACAGAAGUUUGGAUGUACAGGUUUUAUUUUCUGUAUGUAAACUUAGAACAAAAUCACACACACACACACACACACACACCUGCCAACAUCUGCACACAUGCACAGAAGAAAAAUCUGUAAAUAGAUCUGUGUAAAUUUGAAAAUACAGUGGGGAUGUACUUUUUUUUUUUUCUUACAUGGCAUUGUAAAACAGAUUAUUUUAAAUAUAAACUAUGCCUAGUUUACAAUUGUAAGGAGAUAAAUGUUUUCAUGCUUUUGUGAUCCAUGAGAAGUCCCUCUGAAUGUAUUUUGUUUUUUUUAAAGGGUGGCACAGCCAAAAUCCUGGCCCUCAUGGCACAGGAGCUAACAGCCAGCUCAGCCACUUUUUCUGCAAUCAUCUACAGUCCAACUUUUUUGUCUGUGUGUGCGCGUGUUUAUUGUCCUUUCAUGUUGGUGCCUUUAUUUUGAUUUGGCCAGAUGAUGCGGUGGGUGUUUGUUUGGUUUAACAUCCCUCUCCUACACUCGUGGAUCUCGCAGGACUCAUUCUCUAUAAUCAGAGACACCUGGAACUUCUGAUGGGGAAAUCCACCAAGCACCACCCGGUUUGGCGUUAUACCGGUAGGGAACCAAAGCCCUACCUGACACGUUGAUGGAAAG